CUAAAUUCACACGCAAUCUCAUCCACUCACUUCGAUUUUAUUCUCCCCUUCUUCCUUCCUUCCUUCUUCCACCGGUCACUACUUCUUCCUUCUUCGAUCGAUCAAUCGGUGUGAUUGAUCUUCCCCCAGUCAGUCGGUGCCCGUUUCAAGGAUAAAGGGUUAUGGAUUCACCUCAAUCUGUUGUGUCACCGGCGACGGCAACGUCGGCGGCGGCGGUGGCGGUGGAUCGAACUGAGGUUCAAAGCAAGGAAGCUGGAGGCUGUUAUGGAGAACCUUCCAUUGGUGUUCUUGAUGUGUUCAUACACCAAGCUAGAGAUAUUCAAAACAUCUGUAUAUAUCAUAAACAAGAUGUCUACGCGAAGAUCUGUUUAACGAGUGAUCCUGAUAGAUCAGUUUCUACAAAGAUCAUCAAUGGAGGUGGAAUAAAUCCUGUCUUUAAUGACAAUCUGAAGCUAAAUGUUCGAACAAUCGAAUCAUCUCUUAAAUGUGAGGUUUGGAUGUUAAGUAGGGUUAAGAAUUAUCUUGAAGAUCAAUUACUUGGUUUUGCACUUAUCCCAUUAUCUGAAAUCAUAAUAAAAAAUGGAAAUAUGAUUGAGAAAGAAUUCUGUCUUUCCUCAACCGAUCUCUUCCAUUCCCCGUCUGGUUUCGUCCGAUUAUCCUUAGCCUACUCAGGCACCGGCGGCUGCCCUGAAUUGAUAUCGUUUCCGGCCAAUGAAACCCCUAAUGAUUCGGACAUAUUGAAGGAAAGUGAGCUAGAUAAGAUCGAAUUUCCCGAUCCUAAAGUUGUUAAUGAGAAUCAAAUGAUGGUUUCUGAGUAUUAUGGGUAUACCGGUUUGGAAUCCCAAACUCCGGUGGAGGUGGAAAACGAUGAGGAUAAUCAGAUUGUCGGUGUGAAUCUUGUUGAGAGCUUCUCGACCUCAGUUGGAUCUCCGUCUGGAAGUGUUUCCAUUAAUGGGUCGGAUUCUAAUCUAGAAUGUGUUUCGAAGGAAAACAGAGGAGGAGAAGAAGAGGCUGAAAGUAAUGGGUCGUCGGCCGCGGUGGCGGCUGCGGUGCCGGUUAAUAUUGUGGCGGUGGAGGUGCCGGAGUCGAAGAUGGUGCAGCAGGAUAUAGUUGAUAUGUAUAUGAAAAGUAUGCAACAAUUUACAGAAUCGUUGGCUAAGAUGAAACUGCCGCCGGUGGAUGUGGAGAAUGGAUCGUCGGAUUCCGAUAAAACGACGGGGGCGACGACGAAUAAAACUCCAGGAUCUAAGGUGUUUUAUGGGAGCAGGGCUUUUUUCUGAGUUUUUUUGGUUUUGGUUUUGGUUUCAACAGGUGACUUUAGAAGAAUCUUGGGACUAAUGUUGGUUUAAUAUCUAAAUGUUGUUUAUGGACAUCUAUGUUGUUUAAGUUGACUUUUAUCUGAAUUAUGUUGACUCUUUGAUCAAAAAUAGACUUAAUCUUAA